AUGUCGAAGGCAAAUGUAGUUUCAUACACGGUGGGUUAUGUAAAAUGGCUUAAUAUUGUAAAGAUUGGAGCUAGCGUCAAUGCCGUUUUUGACGUUCUAUCUCAAAGCACUCUAUCAAUUGAUUCUGAUGUAGUUAUUGUUCUAGAAUCUAUAAGCAAAUACCAACAGUAUGAUAUUAUAUCCGGUUGUAAAAUAUACAGACCCAUUGAAACAGAACAGUCCAUAGAAGAUUCGCAUACACUUUUACCUUUUAAAGAUAACAAUACCCUAAAUUUAACGUCUAAAUUUGUAGAAGAUCACUGCAAAAAUAGUGAUUCUGAACUGACUGAUUAUUGUCUUAUUCAAGUAUACAAAAUAAGAAGGUAUUACAACGAUUCAUUGGUCUUACGAUCAUUAGGCGUUUGGGAUAUCGAAUAUGGCACAAAAACCUUAAAACAGUUCGAGUUUAUCGAGAAAAGAGCAAAUUUUCAUGAGUUUCCUUUAAUUUUUGGAAAGAAAACUUUUACACAAGAAACAACAGUAGCCGAUGAAAAUUUAAUUGAAGAUGACAAUGAUGAAGAAAAUAUGGAUAAAAUAUUGGAUUAUAUUACCACAUAUCUCAAUGCAAAAGAAAAAAUACAAAUUUACCCUACACUCGGUCUGAAGGCGCCAGAUGGUAAUUGGAAUGGUCUCUUAGGAGCUGUUGUUCAACAAUCAGUUGACCUGGGUCUGGACAUGGUGAUAAAAGUACCAGAAAGAUACCAUGAUAUGGCUUUCACUCAUGACAUUAUGGAAUCAAUUCGAAAUAUUUACGUCAAGCCAGAAGAAUCCCAUUCAGCUAGAGAUAUAUUUCUAAUACCGUUUGGAUCAAAAAUGUUAUUUUCUGUACUCGGUACUGGUAUUAUUUGUGUAAUAGUCAUGUCUGUGUACCUACUUGUCAGUAAAAAGCUCCACUUGGACUCGAAUGUUCCGUUUACUGUAGCUUUAUCAGACGCGGUGUUUUGGUGUUUUGGAGUUUUUAGCAUGCAAGGCAGUUUAAUACAGGCCAAAACAUUUUCCGGCAAGAUGGUGAUUGUAAUGGCUCUGAUUUUUGCUUUGAUAAUUUACAACUCUUAUUCAGCUUUCAUUACGUCAAUACUGUCAGUUAAAUUGACUAAAAUUCGAUCAGUCGCUGAUUUGUUGAACAGUAAUUAUGCCAUAGCUUAUACGAGAAAUAGUCAAGACGAAAUAUAUUUGAGGUCUAUGAAUAACGUUUCACAGCUGAACGAAAUAUACUUGAGAGGAUAUCUGCACAACGAUGUAAGCAACAUUACCGAAGGUUUGUUAAGAGCUACAAAAGGGAAUUAUGGAUUUUUUGCUACAGGACAUGUAGCAAGAAAGGAAUUUCUAAUUAUCAGUAAUUACAGGUGCAUGUACGACCUAAUGGAAAUACCUGUAGUAGCGACGAAAAACACGGUAGCUUUUCCGGUAUCUCUAGAUUCUCCUUACAAGAAGCUCAUAAAUUUAUGUCUUAUUAAGAUGAUGGAAUCAGGCGUCCACGACUACAUAUCCAAACUCGUAGCUCCAAACUUGCCAGUGUGUAGCCAACAGAAAACAUUCCAGAGCGCAAGAAUUAACGACCUGAUAACGUCAUUCAUUAUAUUAGGGUUGGGAAUAGUCAUGGCGUUCUUUAUAGCAUCUUUAGAACAGCUAUGGAAAAGAAGAGGCAAAGCGUCUGUGUUAAAAAGAAACCUCAAGAACAGGAGACAUAUAAAUUUACCUUAUAUUAACUAAAAUUAA